AUGAUGCUUGGAGCAGUUAAAAUGGAAGGACACGAACACACCGACUGGAGCACCUACUACGGAGAGCCCGAGUGUUACACCUCGGUUGGCAACAUGAACGCGGGCCUGGGAAUGAACUCUAUGAAUACCUACAUGAGCAUGUCCGGCAUGAGCACCACUGCCAACAUGACGGCCAACUCCAUGAAUAUGUCAUACGUCAACACGGGCAUGAGCCCCUCCAUGACCGGCAUGUCACCGGGAACCGGCGCCAUGAACGGCAUGGGCGCAGGGAUGACGGCAAUGAGCGCAGCCCUGAGCCCCAGCAUGAGUCCCAUGACCGCACAGCCCGCGUCUAUGAACGCCCUCACGUCGUACUCAAACAUGAACGCCAUGAGCCCGAUAUACGGACAGUCUAACAUCAACAGGUCCAGAGACCCUAAGACCUACCGCAGGAGCUACACGCACGCCAAACCCCCGUACUCCUACAUUUCUCUUAUCACCAUGGCCAUCCAGCAGUCCCCGAGCAAGAUGCUGACACUAGCCGAGAUCUACCAGUGGAUAAUGGACCUCUUCCCGUUUUACCGACAGAACCAGCAGCGCUGGCAGAACUCCAUUCGCCACUCUUUGUCUUUCAAUGACUGUUUCGUCAAAGUGCCCAGGUCGCCGGAUAAACCGGGGAAAGGCUCGUUUUGGACUCUGCACCCGGACUCCGGGAACAUGUUCGAGAACGGCUGCUACCUGAGGAGGCAGAAACGCUUUAAGUGCGACAAGAAGAUGAAGGAACCGGGCCGCAAGUCAGGGGACGGCGGCUCCUCCAACAGCAGCUCGGAGAGCUGCAACGGCAACGAGUCCCCGCUCUCCAACUCCUCCUCCAGCGACCACAAAAGGUCCCUGUCGGACAUGAAGACGAGCCAGGCCCUGAGCCCGGAGCACACCGCUGCUAGCCCGGUGACGCAGGGGCAGCACCUCAUGUCUCAGCAUCACUCGGUUCUUGCGCACGAAGCCCACCUGAAGCCGGAGCACCACUACUCCUUCAACCACCCUUUCUCCAUAAAUAACCUCAUGUCCUCGGAGCAGCAGCAUCACAAAAUGGACUUAAAGACUUACGAGCAGGUGAUGCAUUACUCCGGCUAUGGCUCCCCCAUGGCGGGACCUCUUUCCAUGGGCUCCAUGGCGGGGAAAGCCGGUCUGGAUUCUUCAUCCAUACCUGACACAACUUACUACCAAGGUGUCUAUUCCAGACCAAUUAUGAACUCCUCAUAA